CGAACGGGUCGUAGUAUUUACCACAGGUGCCUACAAUGUCUUGUAGUACGUCUGCGGUUUUACACGUUACCGUAACGCCGAAUCAAGACCGCACCGGAGCCGCAGCCGCGUUCGCGUUUUAAAUGUUAUCCGUGCACGGCCGCGAUUGCUGGAGCAUAUUGAGUGUUUGCCCGUCCGUACCGUUUUCCGUUUAGCGUCCGAUAAUACCCGCGGUUGAUAUACAAGGACGAAAGCGCCGCGAGAGAGGACGAAAGAUGAUUUUGAACUUCUUCGAGAUUUGUUUUUUCGUAAUGGUGAUAAAGGUAAGUCUGUGCGCAUCAUUUGCAACAACAACAUCGUUUGAUUAUGAUUACUGUCGUCGUUUAAGUCACUCGCUUUCUGCGUCGUUUAUACCUCGAUAUUAAUUGUAACGGCAAAGUUAGAAAAAAAAAAAAAAAAAACUAGACCACCAACUUUGGCGAUGUUGACACUACGGACAUAUCUAAGACCCAAUCUUCUCGAUACGGCUCCUCUUACAAUAGUCAACUACACUUUUCAUUUACAAAUUUUACAUAUAUAUUCAAAUUUAUCAUAACCCUUAACAUUAUUUUCCGUACACACGUGCAUUGUCGGUAGGAAACCUGCGUAUUUUGUUCUGCUCAUAUUAAUUAUAAAAUAUAAUAUGGAUAAAAUGUUUGGUCGGUACUUCGAAAUAUAAUAGUAUAAUAUAAGUAAAUAUUCGUAUACUCGUACUGGGCGAAGAUGCGAAGAACUAAACAACACGACUUCGCGGCGUAUUACCAGACCUUGCUCUUGUCUAGUAUAAUAAUGAUAAAUUAGUGUACGAAUAGAAAAUAAAGUAAAUUAAUAAUUAUAUAUUAUAAUAAUUUAAUACCCAAUUUCAUUUUUUUACGUUGAUCGGUGUAUCGAAUAAUCGAUUAUUUUCAGGUAAUUGUAUUUUUUUCCAAAGUUAUUAUCCAUAUACCUUCUGUAUUGGCCACUUUAAAUUUGAUUUCGUUUUAAAAAUCGAUCAAUAAUAUUUAGUAACCAUUAAAAUAAGUCUCUAAUGGGAACAAGUACUCCAUAAUUCGUUCAAUAUGACUAUACAAUAUAGAUGACUUACAAACCACAAUAACUGCACGUUACGUUAAAUUAGCGUAGGUUAUAAUCUUAGUGGCGCAUUAUUGUUUUCAAUUUGAAUUAUUACCGCACUGAAAAACGAUUUCAGUAAGUACAACGCUAUUGGUACAGAAAUAAAAAUUUAAACGUACCUAUCCUACUUACGAUUUGUUUGGCCUUUUCUUGCAGGUAUUAUACUGGGAAAUUCUAAACAAUUAAAUAUUUUCUUGAAUGAUUUCGGUAUUUUAUACUUUUUAGAAACUCUCAUAUCAUUAUAUGUCAAUUAUAUACAUGUAUAUAAUUUAUAAUUCGCCCAGGAAUUGAGUUACGGUGUAUUAUGUUGAAAAAUUGCCCACAAUUAUAAAUAUUUGCUAACUACGAGAAAUUGUAACGGAUAUAAUAAUUGUAUUAAAAUACAAAUCAUAUUUAUGAUAUUAUAAUAUAUAACUGUUAAAAUAUAUUCUUAAGAUGCACAUUCAUGCAACUAUAAUAAUAAUUGUAAGAAUAUGUGUGAACAAAAAUAUUAUAAUUAUUUUAGUGUUAAACAAUUUGGAGUAAAAAACGCCUAUAGACUUAAGUACAUCACUAUAUUAUUAUUAUUUUACCAUAAUAGGACGCAUUAUUUAGUUUUUAAUAGUCGCAACAGGAUAUUAUUUAUACAGAGGAGAUGAAGAUCUCAGCACCGUUUGAGUUUAAGCUUUUCGUUUAGAAUUGUUAUCGGUGUGCAAAAAAAAAAAAAUUAAUUUUUGUCCUUCGACAAUAACGUACCACCUACCUAAUUCAUCAUCGAGGCAUCUGUAGUGGAAUCAUAUUCAUGAUCAUAAGAUGUAUUUUUUUUUUUUUUAAUUAUAGAUAGUAUUACUAUUCAACUUGAAACGAAUUAUUUUUACAAGUGUUUAACCUAAUUUUAGUACAUUUUUUUUUAUUCUUUGAUUUCUAUUAUCAUUUUUUAUUGAAAUAUCUCUAUAAUUGAAUGUAUCUACUUGUAUAGCGCGGCGUACCAAUACACACAGCCAUAGAAUAUAGCAACAAAUAAUGUAAGAACUAUUGUAUACCGCGUAUAAAAUAAAUAUCUGUUAAUCUUAUAUUCGGGCAUUGUGAAUCGUAGACGGCACUGAAGACGGAGACUAGGACAAACUGGCAUAAACGUAUAAACGUUACAUUUUACUUUUUUUUUUUUUAUUGUAGAAUUAAUUUUCGACCAGACAUCACUUGACGGGAUCGUCUGUCUCUGCCUAGACCGUUUGUGUAGCAAAUAGAUCAGACGUGACAAUGACGCGAAAAAAAAAAUCCAUUGGACAUUGAAUAGGUCGCCGGAAAACCACGACAUCUUUUCACAAUUAUUAUAAAUGAUUCUAUCGCAUAGACGCAAUUGAUCUAAAUUAUUAUAUUAGAUUUAUUUAAUAAUACGUCUGUACCUCUCGAAUAGUUUUGUUGAUGUAUUUAUGUACACGUAUAAUAGGUACCUAUAUAUCUAUUAAUGAUAUUAUUAUAGUCUAUAUAGGUAUAGCUAAUAAAUUGAAACAUUAUAAAAUAAUGCUAUUAUGUACGAAUUGUGAGUUAAACGGUAUCUAUGGAUUUGAUAUUACGAUUAUUUGCAUUGCAUUUGUUAUAGACUAGUAUUUGUACUAAUCAACAGUUAAUCGAUAUUUAUCUAUAGAUUCGGACGCUUAAAGAAAUAAUUUCAAUUUUAUUUGUAGAUUUUUUCGUUUUAAAAAUGUAGACAUUCUGUUCGAUAAUUUGAUUUUUUUUUUUUUUUAAAUUAUGUUUAUUUUUAUACAUUUUGUUUGUAAAAGGUAAAAUUUCUGAGGUUGAGUUAUUAUUCUUAUUAUUAGUUUUUUUUUUUUUUUAUUAAUCUGCACUAUAUGAAAUUAAAAUAAUUUUUUUAAAAAUAAAAUUUAACAUUAUUCACGAAAAUAAAUUAUCGACGUUAACGUAGAAGUUUUAUAUUUUUGUUCGGUAUAUAGAUUACCUAUUAUAUUGUAUUAUACCGUAUGCAUUGUGAUAUUGUUCGAAUAAUAUAAACGAUAUGGGUACACGAUAUUGAUUUAAACCAAAUAAGAAAGAAAGAAAGAAAGAAAGAAAAAUCACGAUUUCAAACAGAUCGAAAAAUAUAUAUUGUAUGUGCACUGUGUGGCUAUAACGGCAUUUAAGUUAACGUUCGUGUAUAAUGCGAGUAAGACUUUCCCGCUAAAAUACGGUAUCACGUGAGAAAUGUGAGAAUAGUAAUAACACAAAGUAAGAUUGUUGUUAUUAGAUUUAUGUUUGUUGAGUGACGGUGCACAUGCGAUGUUACAAUGCGUAACCAUAUUUAUUUUUUUUUCGUAUAAUGUACAAUAAUAUAUGUAAAGGCGUAAAUAAUCUCGUUUUCGAAUAGGUUAUGAUAAAAGUGGAACCUAUAUAUAUAUAUACAUAUAUAUUUAUACAAACACAUAAGUACCUACAUAUAUCUAUUAUAUUUAGAAUACCGUAUUAUAACUGGUAUUGGGUAUUUAGUUUCCAUAGUAUAAGAGGUAUAAGUUUCGUCUUGAAAAAAAGAAUUUUUGAUUUUUUAUCCGUCAUAUUUAUUCUGAUAAAAUAUCCAUCAAUUAGUUUAAAAGUCUAAUAAUAUCUGCAUGUUGUCAAAUUAAAGUUUAUACAGCUUACCUAUAUAGAUGUUAUCAUUGAUUUUAUAAUCACUGGUAUUACGUUUAUGUUAUUAAUGGUAUUAUACUUGCAAUACCAUUAUUAUUUAAUGUAAUGUGUUAUUUUUAAUAGUAAUACGUUUUACCUGUUCCUAAUAUUAUAAUUUGUAACUAGUAUUACUCCUCUUGAAAUUUAAUAAACAUUAUCGGUUAUUAAUUUUUAAUUCAGGGAAUAUAACUAAACAAUUAUAUAAUAUAGGUAUAUUUAAAUAUAACUGAACGAUUGUUUUCAUUUUUAUAAAUGCAUUAUAAAAAUAAAUACCUAUUCUUAAUAUUUCGUAGACAAUUUCUAUUGGUCGAAUUUAAAUUUCAGGAAUUUUACUUUUAAAUUGUAUGAUUUAGUCAGUAAGUACCUACCUACACAACACUAAAAUAGAUAUAUUUCUUAGGGACACUAGUAGGUGUAGUCUAUAGAUGCCUGUAUAUAGUAUAAACCGACUUCCGUUUCAAAAUUACUUUGAAAUUAUAAUAAUAAUGAAACCGUGUACUUGGAUGUGUAUCCUGUCUGCAGACUCAUUUAAUCAUUUUGAUUUAAUACAAGUGCUUGAUUUACGUACACUGUAUCGUGACAUAUUUUAUAAUUGCAAGUGAAUCAAUCAACCAUUUAUACGGUAUAUACAUAUACUUUUACUUUUGUUAUUUUUAUAAAAUUGUUUUUUGUCUAUUUUUUUUUUUUACAGUUUCUUGGGCAUACUUGUAGUAGGCAUAUACUGUGAAACGCACAUAAAAUAAUAUAAUAAAUAUACAUUUUAUUUUUUGACAAACACCCGCCAUUUGUAUUAUACGGUCUUUACGUCUAGACACAUAUUCCCAAUCGCGUGUACACGUUUCACUCUAAACGAUAUAUUUUUUUCUCAUUAUAGUCAUAUUAUUAUAUUUUGUUUAUUUAUGUUGACACUUUCGUUUAAGUUUUUAUCGUUUACACGGAAGAAUGUAACCUAAAUGCACAGAACAAUUUAUUGUUACAUACAAUUACGAAUUUAUGUAUGUAGUAAACGUAUUACGACUGUUCGGAAUAAAAAUAGGAUAAAUAGGUAACAAUAAGGUCCGUUUAUUAUCUAGGUCCGUACGGGUGUACCUAUUGAUGAAGAAAAUAAUACAUAUUUACAUUCAGUAGCGCGCACAGGAUUUUUUUUUUUCGGAGGUGUGCUUAUAGUACCAGAACAUUAACCUUGUAAAUAUAAUAUGUGAAUCGUAUAAACUGGUUAGAUAAUUUGCACGAAGGAAGAAAUUUCAGAGGGAUGAACUCGAAAUUAACUUAAUAAAAUAUAUACAUAAAUAUAAGCAAAUAAACGUAUAGAUAUUAAUUAAUACAAAUAUAACAAUAAGUAUAUACGUACAAUAUACAUACAUUUAAAUACAAAUUUGAGUAUAUCAAAAGUAUAAUAAUUUUUGUUCAAAUAUACAUUAUUAGUGUUAAAAUAAAGAAUGUAAAACUAAAUUUGAAAAUAUAUAACACACAAAAUACCUUUAAAAAAUAAACACAAUAUACGUUAUUAGUUAUUAUUAUUAUUUUUAAAAUUAUUAUUUUUAAAAUUAUUAUUUUUAAAAUUAUUAUUUUUAAAAUUAUUAUUUUAUAGAAUUUUCCUGGACCAAUAUAUGGAGUAAAAUUGGGUGAAACUUGCCUGUCUAAUCAAGAGUGCGGUACAGAAUUCAGCAGAUGUCAUCAAGAGUCUGGAACUUGUUCUUGUCUACCAUAUUACGCACAAGUGAACAAUACGUGUUUGCAGUGUAAGUUUUUUUUUUUUUUUUGGAAAUUAUUUAUAGGUGUUGUUGUUUUAAUAUUAAUAUAAAAUACCCACAGUAUAUCUGGUUUAGAUAUGUAUAUAAUAUAUAGGUAAUAGAUAAAUUAUUAAAUAAAGUUUGAAAUUAAAAUCAAAUUAUAGAUUACCCUCAUUCGUUUACCUUAUGUUUACGUAAUUAUUUCUAAUUGUUUCACCUAUAUUUAAACGUCAAUCAAGUGAAUACAGAAUUUCAACCCAAAUAUUAUUCUAAUCAGUAACCAUAAUAUGUUACCUGAUAAUUUUCCUCUUAAAUAAACCAUGUUCAUAAAUGUCGGUUUUCAUUUAUGAUACAUUCUUGGUUGUACUUGUGUAAAACCGAUUACCCAUGUAUAAGCGAAAAUUUAAAACGACUGUGUGUAUGCUGUUUUCAUUAUAUAUAUUUAUAUCGUAGAUUUUUCUAGUAGUAAUACAUAUAAGUUCAAAUAAUAAUAAUAAAAAAAAAAAAACUGGAACAUGAGCAUACUUAUAUUGUUAAAAAAAAUAAUAAAAUUUAGUAUUGUCUGUUCUAUCGUGGCGCCUGCCGUAAAAGCCUCGGGCGUAUUGGUGGCUAAUUAAAUUAUUACUAUUAUAUUAUGUAUGACCGGUACCUAUACCUAUAUAGGUAUAUGAUUUAUACGUUACAGAUCAUUUGGAAGAAAUACCGUAUUCUAUUAUGAUAUCCAAAAGUAGUCCAAUUAAAAAAAAAAAAUAUAUCUAUAUAUAUAAUAAAAAUUUUAUUCUGUUGAAUUUACAGCAUCACUUUUGGGAUUUGAAUGUGUCGUAGACGAGCAAUGUUCGUUGAAAGUGGCUAAUAGUAGAUGUUUUAACAAUUUUUGUGAAUGCGAUUCAAAAUUCUGGCAGUAUCGAAGACAUACGUGCUUACCUCGUAAGUAAAUAUUAUAUUUUUUAAUUAUUAUUUUGUACCGAGUGUGUUAGGUUAGGUCAAUAUAUAGGACUCGGAUUUUAACGCAACUGUAUAUUUAUAUGCAUUUAAUCGACUUAAAAUAAUUCUCGUUUGAAAUGUCGAUGUUGGAAGAUUAUAUAUAAACGGUAACUAAUUUUUUUUUAUAUUUGCAUAUUUAUGGACACUUUUACUAUAUAUUAUAAAUAUUUUAUGAAUACUAUUGAUUACAUUUUUAAAACGUGGAUAGGUGCCUCUUAAAAAUGCACAACUUAAAAACAUUUUUUAUAAAAUUUAUAACUUUUGUAUGAUAUGUUGCUAUAUUCAUUUUUUAGUCAUUUUAAAAAUUAAGCAUUAAGUUAAUUUAUUAUGCCUGUACAGUUUUUAAUUCUUGGUAUAGUAAAUUUAUUCAUAAUCUCUUAAGUAUUUUUAUAUCAAUCCCGUGUUUUAAAUUAAAGUAAAAAACGUAAAAUAAUUAGUUUGUAUUUAAUAUGGUAUGCGAUUUCUUUUAUUUUUCAAAUAAAAUAAUAUGUUUUAUAUAAAUUGUGCAUAUUUUAUGUGCAAUUGAAUAUUUAUUUGCAAAUAUUUGCAUGACCAGUAUAUUGAUAAAAAUAGGUAUCAAUAUAACUUAAAAGACAGCUGCAUAAUUACCAUAUAUAUGUAAAUAACUAUUGUAGGAGAUUAGUGUUUGAAUAUAAUUACAAUAAAAUAUAUAUAUAUAUAGGUAGGUACCUACCUAUGUAACAACUCGCGAUUUAUUUUUUGUUAAAAAAAAAUAAUAAUAAUAAAGUAAGUACCUAAUGCUUCUAGUGGGAUUUUCAACGGUUUUGUUAAAAUUGCUUAGUCGUUUUUCAAAAGAUUUUAUAAACGGAAACACAAAAAGCUAUAUUCCUAUCUAAUUAAGUAAGGUUUUAUUAAUGUAUAUAUAUAUAUGUGUAUAAGCAAUUUUUUAUUAUAGUCAUCCGGAUCAUUUGAAAAACCGAAAAAUCCGGAUUUUCGAUUUCGGACAGAAAUAUCUGGAUUUUAAGGAUUUUGAAAUUUGAGUAUUUGAUUUUGAUUUUUUUUUUUUUAAUAUAUAUAUUAUAUAUAUUUUUGUAUUUUCUAUGUUAAAAAAAUUUGUAUUGAAUUGAUUUAACAAGAUUUAAAAUAACAAAAAACAAAAAUGUUUAUAACAUACCUAUUUGCAUAAAAUAUAUAUUACAUAAAAAAAUCCAAAAUCAAAGUUUCCAAAUUCAAAAUCCGGAUUUUAAAUACAUUUUUUGAUUAUAAAUUUCAAAUCUGGAAUUAUCUGGAUAUUUUAACUUCGGCAAAUUAGGAUUUUUUCCAGUCUUAUUAUUUUGUCCUUAAAAGUAAUAGCAACAGAAAUAAAUAAAAAUUAACUAAAAAAAAAAACAACACUACAAUAACUUAAUUAUUACUUGAUGAUAGAUCAAGCACCUAUGUAAUAUUUAUCCCGGCAUAUUAACUUAAUAUUCUUUUCGUUUCGGUUAACAUUUAAAAAAAUCUAAUAUAUACUGUACUUAAUACUUCGACGGUAAUCGUUAUUAUAAUAUUAUAUACAGUGUCUUACGAAUAUCUGACAAACAACAACCAACAAUUUUUUUCUGUUCAAUAUUUUUAACUUUUCUUUUUAAUAAUAAUAAUUACCAGAACCUUAUAUACGUACUGAUUCUUUUUUUAAUUUUUUUUUUUUGAAAACUAAAAAUAAAAACAAUUAUUUAAAAAAUUCAACAUUGCAAUGAAUUCUGUAAAUUUAUGUGGAAACAAAAUAUUGGUGUUAUAAAUGGUUGAUAUAAUGACGAAUCGUUAAUUUUCUAAAAUUUGUUGAAGUUUAAAAAAAUCAUUAAUAAAAUUAUUUUUUAUGGAUACAUUGGUGAAUCGGUUGAUAUUAUUUAAAGUAAAGGCAAUGGAAAUUGGAAAUUUCAAAGGAUCAACGUCUUGUCCUUAGGUAAACGUUUGUUCCAAAAUAAAUUUAUAAAAUGGCUAUCUUGCAGGAUUUUAUAAACCAAUUUUUUUAAAAAAUUGAAAUUUGUAUUUUCGGUGAUAUUCCAAAUAUAAAAUAUAAAUAUCAAAUCGCAAGGCUGUAGUAAUUAUUGAAAAAAAAGAAAAGAAAAGCCAAUUGUACGGAACAAAAGUUACAGGUCAAAUGUCCGUGAGUCACUAUGCACAGUCAAAUAAUAUUAUGAUAUCUAUCUAACUAAUUGAUAUGUACGCAUCGUUGAAAAUAAUUUAACUUGCUUCCCCAAAUAUAAAAAUCCAACGAUGACCGAUUAAAAUAAUAUAUCUAUAUAAUAUGCAUCACAUAUUGUUUAAAAUUCAAUUCCCAUUACACGACGAUGUGAUGCACAAUCGUAUGAGCGCGCGUAUUCUGUAUUCGUAUCGUAUUGCAGGUCUUAAUUGAGCGCGCCGCAAUGAUGGGAAACAAUACAAAUUAGCAUUGCAUGUAGACGUACGGGUUCCCAUACGAACACACAGAAAUAUAUAUUCAUACGCGUGAAAAACGUAUACCUAUAUAAUAAAUAUAAUACGCGUAUUACUACGAUUUCCCCGAUCCUUUGGUUCAUUGACGUCGCCGUUCAUUAACAUAUAGGAACCCGUUAGAUUUCGUUUAUACGACGCUUUUAUAUAAUACAAAAUAGACUGUAGAUCCACGUCAAGAAAAAAAAAAAAAAAAAAAUUAAAAAAAAAAAUAACACUCAAACGUGCCAUGUGUGUAUGUAUAAUGUAGGUAUAUACAUAAAAAAAAAAAUAUAUAUAAUAUAGGUACAUCAUAUAUACAGAUUAUUGGAGGUCAUUGUUGUCGAGUAUUACGUGAGAGUUUAUAUUGUUCUUGACAGCGUUAUGCGCGUGUGCGCGUGAAGGGAUUUUUAUAUUAUGUUUUCAUUGAAAGGAAAAACGGUAUAAUACACACCAAUAUUUUUCCGCCACAUAUUUAAAUUCAAAGUGCAAUAAACUCCCCGCGGUAUAGUGAUAAUAUUAUUAUUGUAUACGUAGCGCGUCUACUGGAAAAUAGAAUAUUUACAGCGGCUUAUAUCACAAAUAUGUGUUGCAGGUAUAUUGUAAUACAAUUUGGUCCGCCAGACGGUCUAUUAUAUAGAGGUUUUAACAAAAUUUUCUCAAGUCGAUAAUAUGAUAUUAUUAUGUAUGGUCCAGACCGAAGGAAUGCUAUUAUACUAUAUAUAAUAUAUUAUAGUGGGAUAUCCCGCUUGAACCAUAUUUUCGAAAUGUAUUAUCCGUAUACUACACCGUACGAUUUAACUCUCAGUUAGUAGGUGUUAGUUAAUAAAAAAAAAAAAACCGUACCAAAACAACAAUACAACAUUAUUUACGUACACACUAUAAUACAUACGUUAUUUAAUAUUUAAUUUACACUUGCAAUAAUUUAUCCUUGGUAACGUAUUACAUCAUAAUGUAAUAUAUUAAUAUUAUAAUACGGUUUUUUUUUUUUAAUUCGGGGCGUGGCGAGGGAUCUAUUGAUCUAUUGGUUUUACUGUAAUGUGUUUUUUUUUUCUGUCUGUGAACAACUUUUCUACAAGAAAACUUGCUCCGAAGUAUCAAGUGUAGUACUUUUUCCGGAAGGAAAUUUUCUCUACUCGGUGCAUUAAAAUGGUCGUUUUUUGAUUUGGUUUUAAAAAUAAUUGGGAAAAACGACAAAUAUUUACGGCGCGUCACGGCGUUAUCGAUUUCAUUGAUUUAAUUUUUGCAACUUAUGUUUUCUACCAGAAAUAUUGCUCCGUUCGAAAAAUCAAAAAUUUCGAUUUUGUUCCUUUAUACAUAUAGCCACUGAAAAUGAAAGUUAUUUUGUGACAUCCAAAGUUAUUAUAAUAACUAGUAAAAACCAAAAAAAAGAUGAAAAAUACGAUUUUUUUUCAAACUAUGGCACAUAAAUUUCAUAUUUAUAAUAUUUACUGCUGAUGUUUUCUACCAGAAAUAUUGCUUCAAUAGAGAAACAAUAAGAAAUCUUUUUUUUGAACUUUUAAUCUUGUUAGCAACCAAGAAAAUUAUUUUUUGAAUUAAUUUGUAAUUUUUUUUUUAAUAAUUGAGCAAAAUCGAAGGAACGAGAACAUUUACGAAAAUAAUUAUCUUUUAAUUAAAAUUUUGUUUUUUUAAUAUAAUUCAGUAAAAAAUAUAUGUAGUGUCUUGAAAUUUUGAUAUAAAACUUAUAUUUGGUUUUACUAGAUAUGGUAAAAUGUUUAAAUUAAUCAGAACUAUUUUUGAGCUAUUUAUAGACAUUUUAAUAUUGUGAGUUCUUUACGUAAUUUUUAUUUGGUAGUUACUCCGUAGAUAGAAUUGUUAUUAUUCAUUUUCAUGUAAAUGCUUGACAAUUUGACAUAAGGUUCAUUAUAAAUCGUACUUAUUGGUAAAAAAAAAAAAUUGAAUAUAGUAUUUUUUUGACAAGAUUUUUAAUAUCUAAAUUUGAAGAAAAACGUAAAUAUUACGGCCUUCCAAAAUACAUGUGUCCGAAUUUCGCUCUGAAUCGAUUUUCAUUAGCAAUGGUUUAUCGCUGCUUACAUAUAUAAAUUAAAUAACUUAAUGUAUUCUACCUUUCUUACUUUCCACCUACAAUAGUGGCACACCUGUUCAUAGAAUCAGUUUUUUUUCUUAUAUGUCAAUGUAUAAGUGAAUAUAUGUAUGCACGUGUUGUUAUGUGUUUAGGUACCUUAUACAUAUCAUGCUUUUGUGUUUUUUUUUUAUGCCCGAAGAAAAUAAUGACCGAUAAUAUAUAUUGUUACAAAAAUAUUGCUACAUAUAAUUGCUAAAAUUGGACUUAGUUGUUAGUUUUUAUUGCUGCAACUUGUUAUUUAUACCAUGUAUGUAUGAUUAAAUAAUUAGAUAUGUUACACCAAUAUUUUUGCCAAGUAGCUUAAUUAUUGUUUAAAUACCCACAUAAUAUUAACCAGUGUAAACUAUAAUAUACUUGUUCUUGUAUCUUGGUGAAAUAAUGGCUAUUUCAUCAAUAUAUAAUACUAAUAAUAUACAUUGACGUUUUCUUAAUUAUUUUGAUUGAUAUUUAUUCACAGCGGCCAAACUGGGAGAAGUGUGUUACAGUGACGCGCAUUGCAUGUUAUCUGGUGAAAAGAACAAAUGCGAGUUUACUAUACCCGGAGUGUUUGGAUUUUGCGUGUGCAAUUCUGACUUCCAAACCGACUGUCCGCCCAAAGGAAAAGAUUCGACUAUAACGAAACCAAAUAAUUCGGCAUUCGGUAAAUUAGAUUUAAAGAAAAAAGUGCCGUAUCUAAAACGACCUUGGCAAACGGGCGAUCUUCGACAAACCACAACAACCACAACUACCUCAACAGCUAGACCGUUGCGACCAGUCGAUAGGCCACCAUUGCAGAUGCCUCCAUUAAAACGGCCCAUGUUAAAACCAAAUCUAACAAAUAACGGCAUAAAGACCACCGUGAUUCCGGUGACGACAAGCACACAGUCAUCUGCAGUGUUUCUUAGUUCUUCUACGACCGCAGUACCACUAAAACACACCAGCACGUCGAAGCCAGUUUCAUCGUCGUUACCCACACCGUCGCCCAUCAAAAUUUACUUGAAAAGUCCACCGAAAGAUGCUCAAAAUAAAAGCCAAAUAUCCGAUAAUAAAGCGCCCGUAAAAGUCCACAAGAAACCAAUUAGUAAUAGUAAUACAGGUAAUAUGGAUUGAUAUUCGAAUAUUAUUGUUUAAAAUUAAACGUACUCGAUAAAAAUUUGUAUUACAAUUCGUAUUAUAAUUUUUUAGGUAUAACGUUAAGAAAAGGAGAACCGAAAAGACGUAUAAGUCUUGGAUUUCCUUGUGUUAGUGACGUACAGUGUAUGCGAAACGAUGAGAACUCGCGAUGCUUGCACGGUAUUUGUGAUUGUCAAUCGAACAACAAGACGAGCGAUCAGUGUUCAGCAAAAACUCGUGGUUGUUUACAAAAUACAUUCCAAGUACGUAAAUUUGAUAUAUAACUAGUGUCGAUAAAGUAUUAUUAAUGAUCACUUUUAAAAAGGCGCCAAAAGGGUAAUUAUAUAGAUCAGGAAUGAACAACUGAAAGUCUGUAUACCUACAUAGUUAGUUUUCUUGUUUACAUUACGUAUUGAUAAUUGUUAUAACUCGCCACACUAACUAUUUUUUUAUUGCUAUAUUAUUUCGUGAAUUUAUUUUGGAAUUCCAAGACAAAAAUAAACCCUUUAGUUUAGUUUGUUUAAAUAUGAUUGCAGUAUAUUUAAUGAUUGUUACCUAUAUUUAAUUUGAAGUCGAUGUUUUUUUUUUUAUACGUAUAACACAUAAAAGUUAUCUGUCCCUGCAUAAUUAUUAUAAUAUAGAUGACGGGUUCGAGAAAAAUUUAACAACCAUUUAUAAAACUACGUUUUAAAAUUGUACGUAGUAUAGGUAGGUAUUUGUUGAAAAAAAAAAAAUAUUAUCUCGCGCGUGGGUUACAUUCCGAUAUCUAUCACGAAAAACUCAUUAUAAUUAAAUAUUACAAUGAUUUUUUUAGUGUCGGUCGAGCGGUAAAUGCAUCAGUUGGUUCUUUGUGUGCGACGGUCGAUCAGGUGACUGCGGGGAAGAUGAUAAUUCGGACGAAGAAUGUUCGGGAAAUCAGCAAUGUCCAAGUACAACAUUCGCAUGCCGGUCUGGCAAUGGUCUCAGGAAUUUAUGUGUUUCCAGGUCGACACGUUGCGACGGUGUGAAAAACUGCCCGUUCGGGGACGACGAAGAAGGUUGUAACGUUAUCGGACACAAAGGUAUAAACAACAACUUUUUUUAUUUUUGUAACUAAUUAACGGUGCAGAUCCAAUUAUGAAUUGUGUAUACAUAUUUUCGAUUUUCUCCCGUUUGCAAAAUAAAUCGGAAUAUUUUAAACCGAAAUCGGAGCAAAAUUGCUGUUAGAAAAGUUGUCCACAGAAAAAAAACAAAAAGAUAAACAUCAUUGUAAAACCAUAAGCUUCUUCGCUCCACUCAGAACUAAAAUCCCAAAUUGUGAAGUACUUUCAGAAGGGGAAGGAUAAAUACUGUUAAACACCCUACUAUAAUACGAAAUUAAACGUAUUCAGAGUUUAACUUUAAUAUCAUUAUUGUACUGAAUGAGUGAUUUUUUUUAUUAUUGUUUUCUUGGCGCGCAGGGUGUCCGGCGUACACGUUCCAAUGCGGCGACGGUCAAUGUUUGCCCGAGUACGAGCUGUGCAACGCCGUGGUCACGUGCGCCGACAAGUCGGACGAAUUAGACGGCCUGUGCGGCGGCGGUGGCGGCGGAGCGCCGACCAUUGUGGGGAACAGGACGUUCGCCCGGCCGCCGCAACCGUUGCCGCCGCUCACCCGGGUCCGGGGCGCCUACCGGCACGGCCCGGCCGAAUGUCCGUUCCGGUGUAGGAACGGCAGGUGUAGGUCAACGGCGGUGCUGUGUUCCGGCCGGGACGGAUGUGGCGACGGGUCCGACGAAUCGGGCUGUUCCGUUUGCAGUAAGUGUCUAAUGAUAUUAAGAGCGAUGUUAUAAUUUAGUAGUAUAUUACAGCAGCACAUUAGUUGCACCUAAAUUAUCUCCCUAUAACCUUUCCUUAUAACCUAAGCUAUUUCAAUUAUUAGAUUUUUUUUUUUUGAAAAUAUAAUUCUAACAUUUUAUCGUGGGUAUUAUUCGCAAAUCGUAAUGCAAUUAUUACACGCUUUUUAUUUACGUACAUUUUAUAGUAGGCAAAUCAAAUCGAACGUUUUGCAAUUUAUAAGUACCUAAUAAAUAUGUGAUACGUCCAAUAUACCAAAAAAAUUUAAAAAAAACACAAUGGAUAAAACAAAUAACAGUGUGUACCGAUGUAUUAUAAAAAUAUAACAAUAAGUUACUUUAUUUAAAUAUUAUGGAACGAUGCGAAAGAAUAAGACAACAAAAAAACAUAAAUAAUAAAUAUAAUAAUUAUAACAAUUAGAUAUGUACCAGAAACUAUUAAUGCCAGAACUAUUAAUAUUAUAUCUGAUCCACAGUUAUCAUUCAAACAUUUACAUGAUAAUAUGUAUUUAUAUACGGUCAUUGAUAUAGAAACAUCGUAGAGCUAGAAUAUUAAUUUUUUGGUCAAUAUUUCAACAACUUCAAACUAGGUUCAAAAAUAAUUACUCAUAAAUAAAUACAAUAUAAUAAUCGUACUAAUUUCUUAUCAUAUAGUAGGUAAUAUAAUAAUAACAAUAUAAUCCACGCCUCUACGGCCGAUUUCAUAUACAUUUUUUCAGAAAGUCUACAGCUAAGUUAGCCUACUUUAGGGUUAUUAUGUCUCUCGAUUAGCCAUUCAUUCUCACUCAUCCCGGACAACAACCAUAUAAUCCAACUCAGUGGCGUGCCCAGAAAUUUUCAAUGGGAGGUCAUGUAACAAAUACAAAUCGUGAAUAAAGAGUAAAAUCAUCUUCUCUACCCAACUCGACUAUGGAAAUUCAUAAUUUAAAAGCCGGAUCCAAAAAAAAAAAAGCCAAUUUCUAUUCAAUACUUCAAGCUUUUCUUCGGAAAUCGGCUAAAAUGUAUGAGUUUCAAUGUUAUAUUACUCAUAUUUUGUUGUAUUUUUAAGCCAAUGAGAAGGAUAUAACUCUAUACCUCCCUUCCUCCUGUGCAUGCCACUGAUCUAACUAGUUAUAAUCUCUAUGGUAAUGACAUUUUUUUUUUUUUUUUUUUAUGGACAGUCUAUGAAAAAAAUAGCUUUAAAAUGAUACACGACUGUUAUUUUUUGUCAACCAUAUUUUUUGAGGUGAAAUACUACCCACUUUUUGAAAAAGUGAUAACAAAAUGUGAUAUUAAAAUUCAUAUAAAAAAAAAAAUUCUACAUUACACUCAGUCUUUUUCACACAAAGUACGAUUUAUAAUGAACCUUCGAUUAAAUUUUCAAGCAUUUCUGUUUGGUCUAACAAUUUUAUUCACAGAGUAUCAACAAAAUAAAAAUUACGUAAGACUUGCAAAAUUAAAAUAUCUAUAAUUAGCUCAAAAAUGGCUAAAAUGUUUUGAAAUUUCGAGUCUCUAAGCAUAUUUUUAACUAACUGAACAUCAAAAAAACAGAAUUGAAAAUAGUACAUUUCGUAUAAAUUAUCCAGUUUUCCUUAUGUUUCUUCCGGGUUUGUCUCAAUUAUUAUGAAAACGUUUUGGAGAAACCCGUGGAAAUGACUUCCCUAAGGUAUCACUCACAUAAAAUUUCCUUUUAAAAAAUAUGCUACACUUGAAAAUCGAAGCAAUCUGGUAGAAGAGUUGAUCACAGAUAAAAAUAAAAUAAAAAUAAUAAACAUCAUCGUGAAACUUGAUUUGAUCAGAUUCUGAGAUUUAAAAUAAAGAACAAAAACAGUUUCUUCUACAAGUAUUUAUCGAAUGGAAGAAACUGUAGGAAACAAUAUCCAAAUUUGAAAAAAAUAAUCAAUACUAUAGUUACAAAAUAAUAAUAUAGAUUUAUUUUAAAAUUUUAUUAUGUAGGUACUAAAAUAAAUAAAUGUAACAAUAUAAUUAAAUAAAAAUAGUAAAUAGAAAUGUAUAAAUUGGGCGCUUUUGUAUGCUUUUUUUUACGAAAUAACUUGAUACAAAAAUUUGACUACAUUUAAUUUUUCUAAAGAAUAAUUAUCUAUAUUUUUUGUUGUUAAUUUUAUCAUUAAUGAGUAGUAUACAGUAGUUUAUAAGAAAACCAUACAAAUUUCCCAUUUUUUUAAAAUUUUAACUUUAAUCCGUAUACAUUAUUACUUGAGGCACUCGUGAAAGUUGAAUUAUGUGUAUACGUUUUUAAGCAUAUCAUUUUUUGAGGUCAUGGACUAAAUAUUGAGGCGUUCUAUGAAAAAUAGUAAAAUACCAAUUUUAAAAGAAAUAAGAACCACCCUAUAGUGUAUAUUCUGAACACUUUGAAAACAAAUAUAUCAUAACCGGGAGUCUAAAUAUAUAAUAAUUGUAUUUUUACUGUACUUUUUAUCAGUUUUGUAGUGUUUCAUUAAAAAAUCGAUUUCACUCUUCAGUGUAAUGUAAAAAGUAUAUGGAAGAAAAAAACCUAAUGACGACGGUCGUCUGUAACUUUUGUGUUACAUCGGACACAAAUCCUCGAUUUUGCUAAUGCACAGAUUAUUAAAAAUAAUGGUCGCCAUUUUUAAGUACUUUAAUUUUAAUACCUAUACCUACGCAUCAUUACCCCUAAAGUGGCAUUUGGAACUUGUAGCGUGACUAAAUACUUAUAUUAGUCUCCGGACAUGGUUUACGUUCUAUUUUACUAUUCACGCUGUAUUGUUUUGUUUCGAGUGCGUUCCAAAUGGUUUCAUUGUGCGCGCUUCUUAUAUUAGCCUCGUAUGUGAUUCAUACUGUCACUAUAAAAACAGUGAACAUUAUAGUAAACAGUUAUUUUAUUUUACAUUCGCAGCUAAAAACUAAAGUAUCACUUUAAAUGUGAACGGCACAAAAAUAUAAUAUACCUAAACCAAACCUAUAUGUAGCUAGGUAUAUAUACUAUGUGUAAAUAUUUUUAAAAUGUAUGAAAACCGAUUCGUCACAAAUAUAAAAUAUGUUCGAUAAAACGAUUCUAGUACGUGUAGUACUCAAUAAAAAAUAUACACCUGAUACCAUUAUUUUCCAAAUAUUUGUUUUCACAUUUUAAUUUUAACUUUUGUAUUAAUACAAAACAAACAUGUUAUCUUUUUCGAAUAGUAUUAAUUAUAAUUAAUUGUCUAUUGGUACUAAUGUUUUAUUAUUAUUACAUUAACGAACGUAAAAGUAUUGGAAAUUUAAUGUAACAGCUUUAGAACUCCAGCGGGAAUAGGGGAUUAUAGUUAGUGGCAUUAAAUACAAUUUUUUAUUUUUGAAGGGCCAACGAAAUCCUAGGAAUAGGGAAACCUAUCCGGAUACCGAUUCAAACAUUUGCCCACACCUCUUCAGGUCCUAUAAAUAAUUGACAUAAAUUUAUCUAAAAUUAUCAAUUAUAUAAAUUGGCGCAUUCAAGUUGGGCCCCGCGAUCUAAGAUCUACACUAAUUGGGUCCCAGUUUUAUGCGGGUAUUAUACUAAUUUAGUUCCGGGUUCCUGGCAGCUAGGUAUAGUAAUAAUCGGCUAGUACCGUAAUAUUAGUAAUAAUUAUAAUAGUUUGGAAAAAUAAAACACAAUAUUCAUUCUAACAUCUAUCAGUUUUUACAAUUUUUAAAAAGUACUCAAAUAAAUACGAUUACAUUAAAAAGAUAAGUUAAAAAAAAAAAAAAACGAAGAGAUUGUAAUAAGAAUAAAACAGAAUAAUCACUGGAAAAAUAUAUCCUUAAGUCCUAAGUCUGUAAAAGAGAGAAGGAAAAUUAUUUAUAUUGCUUUUAAACUUUCGGACCCAAGAUCCAACUACAUAGUAUAUUAUCUACCGAUGGCCAGGAUCCAACUAUUAUAGUACCCAAAAUUCAUUGAGACCCAAUCAGUGUCCAAUCAGUAUCUAUUAAAGGUUAGUUUAGGUUUAUACCUCUAAUUUACAUUUAUACCUCAUUUUAAACAUUAAACGUAUAACACGUACAGUUACCAGUUACCAGCGCAAGGGUGUGGGUAGGGUUUAUAUCUCAUACUAACAUUAAAAUUCAAUAACUGUAUUUCUUUAGUAAUUUUAUCUUGAAAUUAAAUAUUUCAGUCAAAUUAAAAGGAGAAAAAGCUUGAUUUAUGGAAUACAAAUUUGCUUUUUUCAUUAAUAAUUAUCAUUGUUGUGUUAAGUAUAACAUAAGAAAAUUCUAUUAUUUAUUCACCAUAAUUAUUCAGAACAUCUCUUCUAUUUAAAGAAUGUAUUAAAAAUGAAUUAAUAAUUGACGUAUUUAAAAUAUAUCAGACAUAGUACAUUACACAACCCCAUGUAUACAUAUUGAAGAAUAGUUAAACGAAAUCAUCAAAUUGUUAUGAGCGAUUAAUAAUUAUUAAUUAUAUUAAUUUUAUCGCCAAGUAUUAAUUAACACUGUGUGAUAAAUUAAUAAAAACUUCAUUACAAAACAGCAUGAAUGUUCAACGUAUAUACUCUCAACCUAUACUCUCCCUAGAUGGGCACCCAUUUGAACAAGGUGAGCGGAUGCUUCCAUUGAUAUAUGGGUUUGAUGCGAUUAGUUAUGGUCAUCUACAAUAUUUUAUAGAUUAAGAUCUAAAGUGGUUGAAAAAAAAACCUUUGUAGUAUUAUAUUAUAAUUUACUGUAAAUUGCAAUAUUAUUUAUAAUAGAAAUUUAAAGGCACCUCUUAUGAAAAAAUACAAUUGUAUAAAAAGCUUGGGUAAUUUUUCAUGAUGUCCAUAAUUAAGUAAGAUAUGUUGAUGGCCGAAUUGUAUAUUAAACCGAAAGAUAACAUGUUGUAAAAUGAUUACUUUAUUAUAGUUUAUAACAAUAUUUAUAUAUUCAUAACCGGGUAUAGUCUUAUGUAAUAAUUUAUGUUUCUACGAAUAAGGAUAAAUAAUUUUAUUGUUUUACAUACUUAUUUGGAAUUUUGUAGGUAGGUAUCUGUUGCGAAUAUUUGAGAAUGUUUAGCUGAACUUAUUAUUGGCUAAAUUAUAUUUUGAUAUAUUAAGAAAACCAAUUAUUUAAACUACAAGUAAAUAUUUAUUUUUAAUUUGAAUGUAUUUUAUUUGUUCUAGAAUGUCCUGCAGUCUCAUAAGAAUCCUUUGAAUUUGCUCUUUUUAGAAUAUUAUCAUUCUGUAUUAAAAGUAGGUACCUAUAUGAAACUAAGUGAAUGUA